GUCACUUAAAAGCAUGAAGCAUGCUUUUGGAGGUAGAUCUGCACGUGCGGUGCCCAGCCUCUGCUCGAGCGGAUUUGCAAUAUUUGUUCAAGUGGGUCUUCAUAAACUCCCAUUUCUUGAAUUGCAGUGCCGUAAUUAGCAGCGAGAGAUAUGGAUGAUGCAGUUGAUCAUUAUGUUGUCCUGGGGCUACCAUCGGGUGAAGAAGGGGCUAAGCUUUCGGAGAAAGACAUUACAAAAGCAUAUAGAAAAAUGGCAUUGGAAUUACACCCUGACAAGAGGCCUGAUGAUCAGAAUGCACAUGCUAACAUCCAGAAGCUCAAUGCAUCAUAUGCGAUUCUCAAGGAUGAGAAAGCUAGGAAGUUGUUUGAUGAUCUCCUCCGAGUCAAACAUGAGAAGGUUCACCACCAAUCACAACAGGAUCCCAAGCGUAGGAAGAUGAUGUCUGAUCUUGAAAAAAGAGAACGGGAUGCUUUUGCUCCCGAUUUGGAAGCAAAAGCUCGACAAGAAGAAGAGAGAAUUGUUAGGAAAUUUAAUGAAGAGGUUGCUAGAAUUCGGGCAACCUUUGCCAAUAAAGUUGCAUCAGCGACCCCAACCCCAAGGAAGGAGACGGCUGUAAGAGGAAUGGAGGGUACAAAUGGUGGUGGGAGUGGGUUGGACAAGGAGAAGGUUCUUAAGGUAUCGUGGGAGAAGAUUGGUGAGGAUUAUAGUGCUCAAAAACUCAGGGAGUUGUUUGAGAAGUUUGGUGAAGUCGAAGAUAUUGUAAUCAAGAAUUCCAAGAAGAAAGGUUCUGCACUUAUUAUGAUGGCAUCUAAAGAUGCAGCAGUUGCUGCUAUUGGAAGUGUGUUUGGGGAUCUCUCAAAUCCUUUGCUCGUCGUGCCUCUUGAACUAGCCAAAACUACUUUUCCAAGCACCCAAAGAAGUGUUGAACCUGAUGAUCCAAAGACAAGUAAUCUUGUUGGCAUUGGACACCAGGUGUUUGAAGAUUCAGUGUUGAGUAAACUCCGAAAGGUUUGGAUAUGUUUAAAGAAGUAUUUUCAAUUCUUUUUCCACCUUAAUGAAUUUUGUUUUUUCCUUUAGUCAAUUGCUUCGUGAAUAGUUGGAACAUGAGCUAAAAGUUUAUUUCAGUUAAAUAUUUAUUUGUUUUUUCUCCUUCUUCGAAAAAUUGGGACAUGAAAUUAUAUUUUUGUACUGAAUGAUAAUACACUAGAAAGUACAUAAUUACCUUAAUCUUAACUGUGGAUAUGACACUUGAACAGAAUCAACGAAAGAAAUGGAUCGUAUAUGCCAACCUUAAGUAAUUGGGAUCUUGUUGAGUUGAGUCAAGUUAAGCAUUUUGGGUGAUACAUUAUUCACAUCUUGGGUUUCAGCCAUUAAUCUUAGUUGUUAGUAUCUUACGAUUAAGAUGCACCAUUACUUCUAAGAAGGUGGUGUGUGCGUGUUGGACAUUGGCACUCAUCCGACAAUGAACACUUCCUGAUAUGUGUCAGAUACUCAUCCAAAUAUGUCCUUUUAUUUAGGGCACUUAGGGUAACAUGUGUCACAUAAAACUAAUUAUAAGUUUGAACUAAAUAACUUAAGAUACAAUGAUAAAAGAAAA